GUGGGUUUUUAAAAGCUGAAUCAAGAAUGUUCGGGGGAGCGCUCUUCCUGGUUCUGUUGCUGGUGCCCGGACACGGUUCUGGAGGAGCGGUCAAGGACCCCCAGCCGGGACUCUCGGACCAGAACCUCUUCUGGGGUGCUGACCAGUACGACUUCGCCGUGGUGCUGCGCGCCUCCGGCCUCGAGUGCUUCUGGCAUAUGGCCCACCAGGGAGAGCAGUUCUACUUCAACUACAUGGUCCAGUGGGUGACAGGUGUGGCCAACGACAGACACCUGGCAGUGACCGUCAACUCUCCGUCGGGCUACCUGGUCGCGCAGGCUGAUGAGGCCAAAGCGGAGAUCAAAUUUGAGGCCAAAGAGACUGGAUUUUAUCAGAUGUGCCUCAGCAACUUCCACAACCGCUUCGGCAGCCUGCAGGUGUUCUUGAACUUCGGGGUCUACUAUGAGGACUCGGAACAAGUGAAGAAACAGAAGGAGGAGGAAGACCAGAAGAAAGAGGAGGACAUAAAAAACUUAAAUAACACCCUGUCCACCAUUGAGGACAGCUCUCUCAAGCUGCAGAGCUACGUCUUCCACAUGUGGCGCCACUACAACUUCGCCCGCAUGCGCCAGGGCACCGACUACUUCAUCCUGCUGUCCAACGCCACCUACGUGAGGUACUGGUCCGCGGCGCAGAGUGUGGUCAUCGUCCUGUCCGGCUACCUGCAGCUGUUCUUCCUCAAGAGGCUCUUCAACACCAAAGCCACCACAGAGACGGAGAAGCCGCGCUGCUGA